AAUGAUGUGUCACACAGUGUAGCGGUGAGCAUAGCAUUUACUGAGUGGACCCUACUGCAGACGAUCUAAACUAUUGCAUCUGACAAUCCUCCCUCCCACUUAACCCUGACCCUAAAUACCUUCAAAACUUUGAAGGGUUGUUGGCGGUCAAAAAUUAGUCAAAAAACACACCCAACCAUGCUUUCUCCCACCACCACCACCUCCGCCGCCGCCAUUUCCACGGCGUCCUACACCACCAUCCCCAUCUCCGGCGAUGACGUCAUUUCCCGAUCAAUCCAGAACGUCUCGGACACCGUCUCUCGUCACCGCCCAUGGUCCGAAUUCAUCGCCGCCGGGGUCUUCGACAGCCCAGAAUCCCUCUCCGCCGCCGGCCUCCGCCUCCAGAAGAACUCCAAGUACUUCAGCAUCAACUACGCGAUUCUCAUCUCGAUCUGCGCCGCCUUCUCUAUCCUCCUCACUCCGAUUUCUCUGAUCGCCUACGCCGCGGUCUUCGCCCUCUGGCUCGUCCUCGUCUUCUUCCGCGAAGAUCCGAUGGUCGCUUGGGGUUACCAUGUGAGCGAUCGGAUCGUGAUCGGAGGGCUUGUUUUGGUCUCCGCGAUGGCGAUUUGGUUCGCUGGAAUGGUCAACUAUUUGUUGAUUGGUGUUGCUGUUGGACUUUUGAUCUCGGCCGUUCAUGGCGCUUUGAGAAAUCCGGACGGUCUGUUUCUUGACGAAGACGACGCUGUUUCUGACGGUUUGAUCGACCUCUAGGAGCCCUAACACGAAGUUGCACGUUGAGAAGGUUGGGAAGGCUCUAAUUGCUAGAGGAAGAGCUCUUUUUCUUGAGGAAGAGAAACAUAUCAAUGGCCUUCAGUUGGACGAGUGGUGGCCCAGAUUUGAACCCAAAGACAAGGA